UGUGCGGCGUGGAGCGUUUGCGGCGUCAACCUGCGGCCUGGCGGCCAUGAGCCGGCAUAGUCGGCUACAGAAGCAGAUUCUGAGCCUGUACCGCGAUCUGCUUCGCGCCGGACGCGGGAAACCGGGCGCCGAGGCGCGGGUGCGGGCCGAGUUCCGGCAACACGCCAUCCUCCCGCGCUCCGACGUGCUGCGCAUUGAGUACCUGUACCGUCGCGGACGCCGCCAGCUGCAGCUGCUGCGCUCUGGCCACGCCACCUCCAUGGGUGCCUUCGUGCGCCCGCGGAGCCCUAUCGAGGAGGUGGGCGACGCCGGGGCUCCGAGGACCCCACCUGACGACGGUCACGGUCCAGGGAACCCUCACGACCGCACAGAGGCACCGGAGACCCGAGCCGACGAACGGUGACAGGCAGAAGAGCGCAGGGGAUCGAUCCCGCCUGACAGUUUGGGAAAGACCGGGAACCCAUCUCAUAGAAGGCGAGAGGUGUUGAGAGCCCAGCUGCGCGCACUGGGGACAUAGCCCUCUUGGUGGGCCUGGAGAGCCCGGUGGUGGAGCAUGGUGACAGGUCAGAUGACCUUCCCCCGCACGUCCCGCCACCAAGAGGUAUGGUGCGACCUGGGACACAGGCAGGCUGAGAUCUACUUACCCAAAGUCAAGGGCAUCCCAGACGCGCCUCACUCCCCUUACGGACUCAUAGAGGCUGAGACCCUUGACCUCUGGGAACACACCCAACUCUGGCUCCUUAAGGGGACUGCUCUUUGCCCUGUUUAACUCCGAGAAGAGCAGACUUUUUGCCGAGUAGAGUUUGGGAUUAUGCCCUGAUGAACUAUGACAAGCCCAGAAUCCCCUUUGGAAAACUUCCCCCAGUCUUUGUGACAAACCAGGACAAUGAGGAGUUAAAGGUCUGUGACCCCAGCUGAUCAACCUGACGCCUCAAGAAUCCCUACGGGAUGGUUCUAAGGGGGCAGUCCCCACUCCUGUGCCCAUUCCCUCUCAGGACUGUUGCACAAAAGGAUUAAAUUUCUGGGUGUGCUUACUUCCCUGUUGGUCUUGAAGAGUUCAUGUAUUAAGGGUUUUUUGUUUUUGUUUUUUUGUGUUCCACACGAUUGCUUUAGCCAGCUCCUACUCCUUUGUUUUUAGUUUUACAGAUAGGCUCUCUCACUAACUUUCCCUGUGCUGACCUGGGAUCAUGAUCCUCCUACCAACCCCUCUUGAGUA